AUGAAUCAGAUUUCACGCGAUAAAUCUGCAGACCUAACAAUUUUAACUCUCUUGGGGGAGGGGUCGUUUGGUGCAGUAUACAAAACACAACACAAACCGACAGGUGCCAUCGUCGCCACAAAAAUUAUUCCGAAUGCAGGUGGAACUGCGAGUGAAGAUGAAAAGAUCAAGGGCGAAAUCGAUAUUCUGAGUCGGUGCGAUUCACCGUACAUUGUUGGCUACUUCGAAUGUUUUAUUAAAUCUCCAUCAAAUAAACCGGGGGAAAUGUGGAUUGUUAUGGAAUACUGUGAGGGUGGAAGUAUGACGGACCUACUGGAAGCAAGCGGGGCACAAUCGCUACCGGAAGAUUGCAUUCGUGCAGUUUGUGCUUCCAUUGUCUUGGGUUUAGAAUAUUUGCACGGUGUCGCGAAUGUGUGUCAUCGCGACAUUAAAUGUGGCAACGUUCUAUUGACCGACGAUGGACACGUCAAACUGGCAGAUUUUGGUGUUUCUGCUGAGCUUACGAAUACCCUCAACAAACGUAAAACCGUGGUCGGCUCUCCCUACUGGAUGGCACCGGAAGUCAUUCGAGAGUCACACUACGAUGGACGAGCUGACGUAUGGAGUUUAGGAAUUACAGCAAUCGAAAUGGCAGAAGGCGCGCCACCGCACGUAAAUCUGCAUCCCCUUCGUGCCAUUUUCGUGAUUCCAACGAAACCAGCUCCAACGCUGGCAGAUCCUGACAACUGGUCGCCGGAAAUGUUAGAUUUCGUCCGGUGCUGCUGUCAGAAAGACCCGAGCCAACGGCACGACUCAGCCUUGCUCAGCUCACAUCCAUUUGUG